CUCUCGUUCACCUUCGACAAGCUAGCGUGGGCUUCAUAUUCAUUCCACUCAUCGCUUCUGCACCACCAGACAUACGCCGCCUGAUAGGCAGCCCCUCCAACCCAACCUGAAGGACAACGCAGCACAUCAGGCGCUGCUCCUCACACUUCCAAAAUGAGUUUGACAAACAUGCUAAACAAGCUGCAUGGUCAGCCCGACAGUUACGAUAGAAAAUCACGAUACCGGUUCGGAAAGACAUUGGGUGCUGGUACCUAUGGCAUUGUCAGGGAAGCCGAGUGCCCUGAGGGGAAGGUUGCCGUGAAGAUCAUCCUCAAGAAGAAUGUUCGGGGUAACGAGCAAAUGGUGUAUGAUGAGUUGGAGAUGCUUCAACGCAUGAAGCAUCCUCACAUUGUCAAAUUUCAUGACUGGUUCGAGUCUCGGGACAAGUACUACAUCGUGACCCAAUUAGCGACGGGUGGAGAAUUGUUUGAUAGGAUUUGCGAAAAGGGUAAAUUCACUGAGAAGGAUGCCGCCGAGACAAUUCGACAAGUGCUCGAUGCCGUCAACUACCUUCAUCACAACAAUGUUGUUCAUCGAGACCUCAAGCCCGAGAACCUGCUUUACCUCACACCAGACCCCAACUCUUCACUUGUACUCGCGGACUUCGGUAUCGCCAAAAUGCUCGACUCCAAGAACGAGGUUCUGACUACCAUGGCUGGCUCAUUCGGAUAUGCAGCCCCGGAAGUCAUGUUAAAGAAAGGACAUGGAAAGCCAGUUGAUAUGUGGUCUCUGGGUGUUAUCACGUACACGCUUCUCUGCGGAUACUCGCCCUUCCGAUCGGAGAAUCUUGCCGACCUCAUUGAAGAGUGCAAGAACGGCCGGGUCAUUUUCCACGAGAGGUAUUGGAAAGACGUGAGCAAGGAUGCCAAGGAGUUUAUCACGCUGCUGCUUCAGCCUGACCAGAACAAGCGGCCCUCAAGUGAGGAUGCCCUCAAACACAUCUGGCUGAGCGGAAAGACGGCAUCCGAUCACAAUUUGCUUCCCGAGAUCCGCGCAUAUGUCGCCAAGGCACGACUCAGGCGCGGUAUUGAGCUUGUAAAAUUGGCAAAUCGCAUCGAGGCUCUAAAGAUGCAAGAGGACGAAGAAGAGGACGUCCCAGGAGAAGCAGAUAUGCCUUCCAACGCGCGCGAGGCAGCGGGUGAGGCGCUAGCAGCACACAGCACCGAUCGCGGAUUGACAACACCAGAGAGCUCAACUACUCCUGCUGGCGGCAAAGGUCGUUUGAGCAGACUUGCUAAAGGGGCCAUCUUCCGAGAGGUUGUCCUGGCAAAAGUCCGCGAAAUGAAGGAGGUAGAAGCUCAGAAAGAAUUCGAGAAGACUGCUGCCGAACAAGCGAAGAAGACAUAAGCGGGCUAAAGAGGGCUGAUUAAUAUCGGAGAGGGCUAGUAUAGGCUACGGAUUCAACAGUUUUCAUUUUCUGGUUUCGCUCAGUACAUCCGUAAUGCUUUUGUGCCGACUUGCAAUUAAUUGAGUUGUCAGGAUACCAUGGAUAGCAGGUGCCAGGUCAGUUUGACUAGAUAUGUAGUUCUGGGGUGUGUGGUCUCUUGAGCACUUUGUAGCCUUGAAAAGUUCUGCCGCCGUUGCAGUGUUUUGAGA